GUAGUGAGAGUCGGGCGCGCGAACGAGUGCGGAAGACUAGACCUACACAAGCAGAAGGGCUGAGCGGAGUUGGAGCCGGAUGUGAUGUUUACCGGAACAGAAGGAACCGGAAGUAAUAGCGGAAGGGUUUAGUUUAAAUUAAAGAAUCGCUAGUUUCUCGUCGUCCGUGUGUUGCCGGUGUGCGGUUGCCAUGGCGUUGGAGACGGUGCCCAAGGACCUGCAGCACUUGCGGGCUUGCUUGCUUUGCUCUCUUGUCAAGACCAUUGACCAGUUUGAGUUUGACGGCUGUGACAACUGCGACUCCUACCUACAGAUGAAAGCGAACCGUGAGAUGGUUUAUGAUUGCACCAGCUCAUCCUUCGAUGGCAUCAUUGCAAUGAUGAGUCCUGAGGACAGCUGGGUCUCCAAGUGGCAGCGCAUCAGUAACUUCAAGCCAGGUGUCUAUGCGGUGUCUGUGACUGGCCGUCUGCCCCAAGGGAUUGUGCGAGAGCUGAAGAGCCGUGGGGUGGCCUACAAGUCUCGCGACACAGCCAUAAAGACCUAAGGAAGUCCCUUGUUCCUCACAUCUUGCACUUCACGGAUGUCUUUCAGUUGAGACUGUUGCAUAGAGCUGCCCAGUUGUUAUGGAGGGGAACGGGGAAUCUCUGUAUGAAUGGGACUCGGUAUGAAUGUGUGGGACUUUAUCCCAGGCUUGGCAGCUGAGCUGGACAAGGAUUUCUUUGAACGCAGCCUGUAAGCAAGAGCAGCUCCCGAAGGAAUGGACGGGAUGCCAUUUCUGUAAAUAUCUUGAAUAAAUUCUUAUGGGAUCAGA